AUGUUUUUGUCUGUUGCCCGUUCGGCUCGUUCUCUUCGGAGUUCGUUCCACGAAUCUCCUGUAAAUCCCUUUUCAAAGGUCCAAUGGAUAUCAAGACCAUUUUUGAAAAAAAAUAUGCCUUCAAUAUCUCCUCUGGCGACCCCGCAUAAAAGCUUGAAGGCAAUCACACACAUGAACACACCGACGGGAAAUUGGCACAUUAUAGAUGCUGCAGACAGGACAGUCGGAAGUGUAGCAUCGCAUAUCUCGAUAUUGCUCCAGGGCAAGCAUUUGCCAACCUAUGAAACAAACAAGGUUUCUGGAGAUAACAUAAUCGUUGUCAAUGCAGUGAGACUGGUGAUGAAUGGCCACUCCUGGGAUACAAAGGUCUACAAAUUCGACAGAAAAUCGCAUUCAAAGGGGCCAAAAAUCAUAACUGCCAAGACUUUGAUGGCUAGGAAUCCCGCAAUGAUUCUCAAUCUUGCUGUAAAGAGGAUGCUUCCCAGGAAUAAACUGAGAUCUCUCCGGUACAGGUUUGCUUGCUUGCUUUUACUCCACACCUACCCGUUUAACCAACGCUAA